ACAAGUUCAUGUGUAGGGGAGAUAACUGAGAAGGUAAACAAAAUGUCACAAACAACACGUCUCACAGACGGAAGAAAAAGUUUUGAAGUGAAAAAAUACACCUUCGCCACCGAAGUCAUACCUAGACUGAGCUGUCAUGAUCCAGAAUGUGAAGAACGUAUCGCAAAUGGAUUGCCAGUGGUCAUUCCAGAUGUAAAUUUAGUUGCAUCAGCCAAGCAUUGGAACAUAGAUUAUCUCCAUGAUAACAUUGGCGAUGGAAAGUUUAUGACCUAUUUUUCAAGCAGUAAAAAAUUCAAAUAUUAUGAUGACAAAAAAUGUCCAAAUGUAAAAAGCUUCAAGAAGCCAAUGGAACAAGAAGAGCUAACAUUUGAUGACUUUGUACAAAAAAUCAACAAAGGAAAAUCAAAAGGACAAAGAUGUUAUUUACAACAGACAUUGAAUGAGACAGUUGGAAAGAACAUUGUCUCAGACUUCCUUGGAUUCAACUGGAACUGGGUAACAGCUCAACAGAAAAAGAAUAGUUUUGGCCCUCUCACAAAUAACAUGUUACUAAUAGGCCAAGAAGGAAACAUAACUCCAGUCCAUUAUGAUGAACAAGAGAAUUUCUUUGCACAAGUAUAUGGAUAUAAGAGAUUUAUUUUAUUUCCACCAGAAGAAUUUCCAAAUUUAUAUCCACAUCCUACCUAUCAUCCAUGUGACAGACAAAGUCAGGUUGAUUUUGAUAACCCAGAUUUUGAGAAAUUUCCAAAGUUUCGAAAUGCCACAGGUUUUGAGACAAUAGUUGGACCUGGUGAUGUUCUUUAUAUCCCUAUAUAUUGGUGGCACCAGGUUGAAUCCAUACCAAAUGAAGGACACACCAUUUCUGUCACAUUCUGGUACAAGGGUCGUCCAACACCAGAGAAAGUUACGUAUCCUUUGAAUGCACAUCAAAAAGUUGCCAUGAUGAGAAACAUAGAAAAAAUGAUUGCCCAAGCACUGAACAACCCAGAUGAGGUUCCAGAAUUCAUGCAAAAUAUGGUAUUAGGGAGAUAUACUUGAAGAGUUAAAAGUUGCAAUGAACAAAAUCAUCAGAACAAAUGUUCAUCCAUGUAUGAAAUUCACGACUGUGCUAGCCAAAUAGGAGUUAUUGACCUUGAAAUCAAAAGAUAUUUGGUUUAAAUUCAUAUUUAGUGCUGUAUUUCAUAUGCUUAAUAAUAAAUAGUAUACUUAUGGUUUGAUUUAUGAAAAAAAAAGUAACAUAAUUUUCAUUUGACUAAAAAAACAUUAUAAAUUUAUGAAAUCAAUACCCUUAUAAUUUUGUAGUAUGUAUUAGCUUUGUUAAGUUGUGUGGCUGAUAUUUACUCAGGAUUUUCAUUUCCUCCACUCGUAUUUUUCAAUCAUGAUAUGUUUACAAUUGUGUCACUGGAAUUUACAUUUUUGAGUUAUUUGCAUAAGUGAAAUGAACAGAUACAUUUUAAAGGUUCGCCCACAUCUCAUAACCUAUCUUUUCGUUUUAUUUUUCAUUUUAUUUUUGUCAAGAAAGUUUACUUUGUUAAUAUCGUCCAGAAUAUGCAUUAAAUAUUUGCCGCUGGACAUUGAACAGCCAGUAGUCAAUAAAUGAAACAAACUCCGUACUAGUACACAGUCUAUAAUAAGUUCAGUUAAAGUCAACAAUCACUUGAUUUUGUUACAGCCUCUAUAAACCUUUUUCAAUGUUUUCAUUUAAACACUCAGCAAAUUUGAACUCAACUUAUUAUUGAAUUUCUGUCAUUGCAUCCCAAAUGAAUUCUGUUUUAUCAUUGUGAUGUGUAAUCAAGAAUAGGCAAAACUAGAAAGAGUGUAAAGACUACGAAAAAGAUACAAUUAAAAGUGUUUGAUUUUCAUUCACAUUAGGUUGAAAUUUUGAAAUAUCUGAAAUUUUUUUAAAGUUUUUGGAAUAACAGGAACCAAGUAAUGACACUUUUUGUACCUCCUUUUUUGAAGUUUAUGUUUUGUUAGGUGUUUUAUGUUAUAAAUCUAAAAAAGUUAUUACUUGUGCUUUAUUAUAAUUUUGACUACUUAUGUAUACUUAUUAAGACUUUUUAGUUUGCUUGAUGGCAUUUUAAUUUUGCUUCAUUGAAUUCAAGAGUUUUAAUUUAGUAUUUGAAAUAGUUUUAAAAACUCUGAAUUAGGGUGGUCAUCUUUGAAGCUAAACAACAAAAUGAUUUUGAUCUUUUCUUUAUUGGGAUUUUUCAUGGUUAAGUUUUGCUCUCAUUCCAGAGGAUGUGAUGUAAACUUCCAGUUUAGUUGGUUUUUGUGAAACUAUAUAUUAUAUAUUGUCCCAUUAACAUCUAAUCUGGUUAAAAUACAGAUAUUGUGUCAACACUUAUUUAACAACAAUCUGACAACACUCCGUUUUAAUUUCUGUUUUAGUAAUUUAAUUAUUUUUACCUUAUCCAAUGAAAUUUUACCUUAAAAUUUUUGAAGGUCUGAAUCAUGAGGACCCAGAAGAGAGCGUUGUCAGACAAUUGUAAGCAAAGUAUGGACCUAGAAUAUGUAUUUCAAUCAGAUUGAUAAACAUCUGUCCCAUAUUUUUGUAUUAUUAUAUUAAUUUUUUUCUGUUUUUUUCAUAGUAUAUGUAUUGUUUUGGUUGCACCUAUUAUAAUAUUAAAUGGUGGAAUACUGUAAACCAACUAAUUUUCACAAGAGAUUUUUUGUGAGUAUUUAUCGUUGCGAUUAUGACAAAUUAGAAUUUUCUCUUUUAUGAAAACAAGUUAAACUAUUUUAGAAAAUUGUGAGUUAAUAUUCCUGUGGAAUCAGCUCGAAAAGGCUAUGCUAAAAUAUGUAUCCACAAGAUAAGUUGGUUUACAAUAUACAGAUUCCUCUGUAAUGUACAAAUAUUUCUUAUGCUUUCUAGAAGAGGUAAAUAAUCAUGGUACAAAUGUAUUAGAAACAUUGGACAGAUUUUUUAAAGGUUUUAUAAGAGUUUAUUACUGUUUUACUAACUUGUAUAGUAUGUUAAAGUUGGGCUUUCGGAUUAAUAUUUGUAUGUGUUAUUUAAUGUUAAGAAUUAAUUGAUAUAAACAAGUAUAUGAACUGUU